CACACGCACACACACACUUUUACAAAUGCAGCGUGCAGGACUGGACCGGCUGGAGGGAAUCGGGUCUGAUCAGAAGCUUUGAUGCGUGAAGGAUGUAGAGCCAGAGGUGGGGGCAGGAUGGAGUGCUCCUGGAAGACGGUGCUGCUGCUGGUGUGUGCGUCUCUGGGGGUCCAGUACACGGCCAUCCGGACCCUGAGGGACUCCAUGUCUGGACCCUGUCAGGGAGCCUACCGCUGCCAAAGCAGAUACCACAGAGACUCCAAGUGGAGAGCCUUGUGCGAUGACAGCUGGGUGCCCAUUGAGUCGCCUCGGAAGCACAUCCUGCUGUUUGCCACCACUCGCAGCGGCUCCUCCUUCACCGGGCAGCUCCUCAACCAGCAUCCAGGGAUCUUCUACGUGUUCGAGCCUCUCUACCACGUCCAGCAGGCCUUCACCAACUCCAGCAGCAGGCUGCGUCGCACCCUGGACCGCCGGGCGCUGCUGGGAGCGUACAGGGACCUCCUCCUCAACCUGUACACCUGCGACCUUCACUUCAUGGAGAACUACAUCCGGCCUGAGCCGCAGGACCACGUCACCAGCUCCUUCUUCCGCCGGAGCUCCAGCCAUGCCCUCUGUUCCCCUCCCGUGUGCUCGGAAGGGGUGGAUGCGACUGCCUCCGAUCCACCCGAUGAGAGCUGGUGUCCUAAGAAGUGCGGGGCGCUGAACCUCACCUUAGCCUCUAUGUCAUGUCUGUCCCGAGGACACGUAGCCAUAAAGACAGUGCGGAUUCCCGAGGUGGGGGACCUGCGCACUCUGACCGAAGAUCCACGUCUGGACCUGAAGAUCAUCCACCUGGUGAGAGACCCCAGAGCCAUCCUCGCCUCGCGCAUGAUGGCGUUUUCCGACCAGUUUCGCGCGUGGAAAAUAUGGAACGCGACGGGGCGGCAGCCUCGAUACGUGGACCUGACGCAGAUCACCAGCACCUGCAAGGACAUGGCGGCUUCGGCGGAGACGGGCCUGCAGAGGCCGGCGUGGCUGCGUGGACGCUACCUGCUGGUGCGAUACGAGGACUUGGCGUUCAACCCGAAGGACAAGGCCGCUGAGAUGUACAGGUUCGUGGGGCUGGAGGUGGAGGACAGGGUGAGGACGUGGAUCGCCAAGAACACCAACAGCAACGCGUCGUCUCCGUCUGAGUGGAACUACAGAUACUCCACCACCAGAGACUCCAGAGCCACGGCGGAGGGCUGGAGGCUCCGUCUCGGUUUUGACAUCGUGAGAACGGUUCAGAAUCUGUGCAAUGACACUCUGGCUCUGCUGGGAUACAAGCAGGUUCACUCUGCAGCCGAGCUACGGAACCUGUCGCACAGCUUAGUGGAACACAGGACAUUCCAGCCGGCCACGUGGUAGAUGUUAGGAAAGGUUUCUGGUAUCUAUUUAUUUAUUUAUUAUAUAUAUAUGAAGUCUCAAGUCUGUCAAGAUGCUGAUAAAAUGAAUGUAAUUUAUCUUAUUUUUGAACAACGCCUAUAGUAAAUUUAAUAUCACUUGUAUUUUCACUUUUUACGGUUUUGUUAAAGAUAUUAAAAGUGCCAAAUUUCAAGCGUGUGUGAUGCUGAAAAAUGAUGCAAAAAUAAAGUCCGUAUAUGUGUUGAACGCUC